AAUAUGUGCUCUUCUGUAUUGAAGAGGCACAUGCUGCUCCUAAUUUUUUAAGAGCCACUGGAGAUCAAAUUCACUACAAUAUAACUUAGGAGGGAGUAUAGGGUGUCUGUUGCUGUUGCUCUCAACAGAGGUUUAAAUGGGCGCCAAAUUACAAAACAAGUAUCCUUAAACCCUAGUCUUAAACCCCAAACAUGCACAGCCCUAAGAAUGCCAUUUCUAACACCCAACUCGCUAGCUUCACUCAUCGAAUCGUCCGUUUCAACUCACUCACAUCUCCUCGCCAAAUCCACCCAUGCCCAGAUCAUCAAAACCCUCAUUCCCCCUCUCCCUCCAUUCCUCUCAAACCAUCUCAUCAACAUGUACGCCAAACUCGACCUGCCCAACUCAGCUCAACUCGUUCUCCAACUCACCCCCACCAAUCACCGCUCUGUUGUCACCUGGACUUCACUGAUUUCUGGGUUUGUUCAGAACGGACAUUUUGUGGAUGCCAUUGUAAAUUUUUCGAGAAUGCGGUGCGAGGGGAUUGAGGCUAAUGAUUUCACGUUUCCGUGUGUUUUUAAGGCGAGUGGAGCGAUUAGGGAUUUUAGAGUGGGGAGGCAGGUUCAUGGGUUGGUGAUUAGGGUGGGGUUGUGGAGAGAUGUGUUUGUGGGGUGUAGUGCUUUUGAUAUGUAUGCGAAAAUUGGGUUGAGGGAGGAUGCGAGGAAGGUGUUUGAUGAAAUGCCGGAGAGGAAUUUAGCGACGUGGAAUGCGUGUAUUUCGAAUUUGGUGGUGGAUGGGAGGGGGAGGGAGGGAGUGGGGAAGUUUGUGGAGUUAAGGAGGAUUAGUGGGGAGGGGAAUUCGAUUACGUUGUGUGCGGUUUUUAACGCGUGUGCGGAUAUGAGGGAUGCGGUGUUGGGGAGGCAAGUGCAUGGGUUUGUGGUUAGGAGUGGGUUUAGUGAGGAUGUUUCGGUUGGGAAUGGGAUGAUUGAUUUUUACGGGAAGUGUAGGGAUGUUGUGUCGUCGGAGAUGGUUUUUGGUGGGAUGAGGAUGAGGAAUGAUGUCUCGUGGUGUUCAAUGGUGGCUGCGUUUGAGCAGAAUGAGGAGAAGGAGAAGGCGUGUGAGGUGUUUUUGAGUGCGCGGAGGGAAGGAAUUGAGCCGAAGGAUUUUUUGUUGUCGAGUGUUGUUAGCGCGUGUGCAGGUAUUGCGGCGCUUGAGUUGGGGAGAAUGGUUCAUGCUCUUGCGGUGAAGGCUUGUGUUGAGUUGAAUGUUUUUGUUGGGAGUUCACUUGUGGACAUGUAUGGGAAGUGUGGAAGUAUACAGGAUUGUGACCAAGCAUUUCGUGAGAUGCCAGAAAGGAAUUCAAUUACAUGGAAUGCCUUAAUUGGCGGUUAUGCUCAUCAAGGACAUGCAGACAUUGCUUUAGCUUUGUUUGAGGAAAUGAAACAUGAGGUUGCUCCGAAUUACGUGACACUUGUAUGUGUAUUGUCAGUGUGUAGCAGAUCUGGGGCUAUGAAAGAAGGCAUGGCGAUAUUUGAGUCGAUGCGGGAGAGGUAUGGGAUCGAACCUGGUAUAGAGCAUUAUGCUUGCGUUGUGGAUAUGUUAGGGAGAGCAGGAAUGGUAGAUCGUGCCUACGAGUUCGUCAAGAAAAUGCCUAUUCGUCCAGGUGUUUCAGUUUGGGGGGCUCUUCUAGGAGCUUGUAGAGUAUAUGGUAAGCCAGAAUUAGGAAAGAUUGCAGCUGAAAACUUAUUUGAACUUGAUCCAAAAGACUCGGGCAAUCAUGUACUGCUUUCAAACAUGUUUGCAGCUGCUGGCCGGUGGGAAGACGCCAACCUUGUGAGGAAAGAGAUGAUGGAUGUGGGAAUCAAAAAGGGUGCAGGAUGCAGUUGGAUCUCAGUUAAGGAUAAAACCCAUGUUUUCCAAGCGAAAGAUACUUCACACGAGAGAAACACUGAGAUUCAGACAAUGCUUACUUAUUUGAAAGAAAAGAUGAAGGCUGCUGGCUAUGUACCUGAUACUAAGUUUGCUCUAUAUGAUUUAGAGGAGGAAGAGAGGGAAUCAGAAGUUUCGUACCACAGCGAGAAGAUUGCCCUUGCUUUUGCACUGAUCGUGAUACCCCCUGGAGUCCCUAUUAGAAUAACAAAAAAUCUUCGGAUUUGCGUUGAUUGUCAUAGUGCUAUUAAGUUUAUAUCUGGCAUUGUUGGAAGAGAAAUUAUUGUAAGAGAUAAUAACAGGUUUCAUCAUUUCAAAGAUAAUAUAUGCUCAUGUAGAGAUUAUUGGUAAUGAUAGAAA